GUGACACACACACACACACACACACCCCAGGAGCAGCUAAACAAAACAAAAUUUCAGCUGCAUAUGACUUUUAUUUUACUUCUCUCAGAAUGAUAAUCUGUGUUAUCAGAAGAUUUCAUAUCUCUCAGGGCUGAGAUAGCACUGCUGGUUACUGUGUUAUCAGAAGUAGUAAAGAACAAGUGUUCAGUCUUGUUUUCUGGUGGCACCAAGUGAGGAUCAUGACUUCCUGGACGACCAAACUUGAACACUUUGCCCUGACGGGAAACAGCCAAGGGGUGCAGGAAGCACUGGCACAAGGAGCGGCAGUGAAUGGGUCUUCCAAGGGCCUGAGGACGCCCCUGCACCACGCUGCCCUUCAUGGUAACCUGGCCAUCGUCCAUCUCCUAUGUGAUCACAAUGCCAACAUCAAAGUCAGGAGUCUUAUUGAUAGAGGGAUGCAGCCAUUGCACCUUGCUGUGAGGAAGGGACACACCACUGUGUUGGAGGAACUAUUGAAGAGGGGAGCAGACCCCAAUGAUGCUGACAAUAAAGGUUUCCUCGCCGUACACAUGGCUGCAGUCUACGGCCACACAUACAUUCUAACAACACUGCAGAGAGCAGGAUGUGACUUGAACUCACAGAACAGAGACGGGUCCACUCCACUCCACCUGGCGGCCGAGAACAACCGCAUAGAGGCGGUGGAAUGGCUGGUGCAACAGGGAGUCUCCGCCCAGGUGAAGAACCACAACCAGCUCACCGCCCACGACUGUGCCAUAAAGAGGCAGUACACAGACAUAGCGGACUUCCUGAAAUUACACACAGCACCCAACAUGCCAGCAGGUGUUUCUCAGAGGGAGCAGAGGAGACCCACACCUACAUCAGCCACCCCAGCAGGAGGCCACAAUGACCAACAAAAUCUGCCUCGUCGUCACGCUCAACAGCCAACAUCACCUCCUCAGCCCCAAGCACCAGAACUGACCCAGGACUCUGGUAAAAGAGGCCAAGACAAUGACUCGCCUCACCACCAAGUCUCCAACCAGCCUCAGUCUGCAAAAACUCAAGGGAUAGAAAGAGGAAAAUCAGUUGAUCGAUCGAGGACCAAAUCAGUGGGUAGCAGCGGUGAGACCACAGAGAAGACUGACCAUGGUCUACUGUGGCUCCUGGCUGCCACUGAUGACCUCCAGGGGGAUGGUGAUGGCAGCGGCUGCUUCACCUCUGUUGACCCAGCUGAGGAGGAAAUAAUAGAGGCAGUAUCAAAUGGCAACUACGCUACAGUGGAGAGGCUGUUGGUGGCAGGAGUUAACCCAGACACCCGCAGCCACAUGGCCGGCGAGAAAGACCUGACACUGCUGCACCUGGCAUCAUGGAGUGGCCAUGAGAAGGUGGUGAGCCUGCUGCUGAUGUAUCACGCUGACCACAAGGCCACCACCCAUGCAGGGUUGUCGGCCGUCCACUGGGCAGCGGUGGGAGGCCACGUUGGGGUCCUGGACAUCAUGUGGAAGAAAGGCUUCAGCAUAAAGUCCAAAACCGAGGACGGAUUGACGGCUCUCCACCUGGCGGCUGACCACGGCAACCUGGCGGCCGUCAAGUGGCUGGUGGGCAAGGGUGUGUACAUCUUCAUAAAAAACAAACGGGGACAGACAGCCAAACACCUGGCCAAGCAGGCGGGGAACAAGGACAUCGUUAACUACCUGCAGGAGAAGGAGCAAGAGCUGAAGGUUGGCAGCCUCAAGUCUCAAGAAAAACUGGGCGAGGGAAGCUUUGGUGAGGUGUUCCUGGUGAGGGGCAGAGACAGCAUGAUGGUGGUGAAGAGGAUUGACUUGUCUCAGAUGAGCAGGAAGCACCAGGAGUAUGCCCACAGGGAGUUCCAGCUUCUCAAGUCCCUCAACCAUCCGUACAUCGUUGCCUACAGGGGAGGUGGGUUUAAAGGGAAGUACCUGCACAUCCACAUGGAGUACUGUGGUGGGGGAGAUCUGUCCUCCAGGUUGAAGGAACAGAAGACAAAGGGUGAGGCCUUUGAGGAGAGACAAGUUCACUGCUGGCUCCUCAAACUCUGCCUGGCACUAAAGUACAUCCACGGACGCAAGAUCCUACACCGGGACCUGAAGCCCCAGAACAUCUUCCUGGCUGACACCGGCAGCGUCAAACUGGGGGACUUUGGUCUGGCUCGCGUCCUGGAGGAUAGCAGCCGCGCCCUGACCUGCCUGGGCUCCCCGGCAUACAUGAGCCCUGAAGUGAUCCGUGGGGAAGCUUAUGAUGCCAAGGCUGACAUGUGGUCCUUUGGCUGUGUCCUCUACGAGAUGGCUACACUACAGUCAGGCUUCCCUUUUACUAAGGUUACAAUUGCUGGGGAGUUCAGCCAGAGUUACAAGACUUUGGUAAAGUCCCUUCUGCAGCAGGACCCCACUAAGCGACCGACAGCUUCACACAUCCUCAGAACAGCUCCCUUCCUCCUGAAUGUGAUGGAGGCCCAGCUGGUGGAGAGAGAACAGCAGGUGGAUGAGCUAACCCAAGAGGUGGUGAACCUGACCCAGGAGGCCGAGGAACUCACCAGACAGAUGGAGACUAUGAGCGCCAACCCCUCCUACCCUAAUGAGAAGAAGCCCAAAUAAAAAUAAACACAGAAGAAACAGAAUGACGAUGAUCAAAGAUGGAAGGUUUUAAAUACAAAAUACUGAAGGCUAGAAGAAAAAUACUUGUCUUAAGACACUACUAUAGCUGACAAGAGGAGAUGAUGAUAAAGUGAAAAGAAAAAUAUAUGUAUAAAAAGAAAUACUGUCAGUCUUGGGUGAAUGUAGCAAGUCUCUCCUGCCAGUAUCUGUUGUCUUACACCCCACCUACCAACGCCAACAAAUUCUAGCUUUCUUUGUAUCUAUUAGUAGCAGCUAUGAACAAGUAUCUUUGAACAGUCUAGCUUGACUAGCAGCUAUGAACAAGUAUCUUUGAACAGUCUAGCUUGACUAAAGUAUAAAAGAUUGGUGGGUGAAAAGGCCUUGAACUCUCACCUGAGUUAACAAACUUCAAAUCACUUCCUUGUUGUAUGUGGAGUCUGUCUCAAGGCACCACUCUAAGGCAUAAUUACCUUUACUAAAUCACUUUGCCACUUACCAGUUUACAAGACAGUUGGGUGGUCAGUCUACUCUAUGUUACUGCAGUACUGGGGAGGAGUUGGCUCUCUCUUGAAUAUUGUUCCAGUGUUUGUAAAGAAUGGACUUGUCAAACUUGGUGCUGUUGUGACAUUUUCUGGCAGCUGGUUAUUCCACAAGUCCUCAACUCCUACCCCAAAGAAGUUAGACCUGAUACUUUUCUGUAACGAUAUAGCUUCAUUAAUUUAAGGAGGUGACACAAGAGCAGGGUGACCAUCCAUUAUCUCCAGACAUAAACAUCUGACUUAAGUACUGGUAAUAUUAUUUCAGUUGCUUUAUAAACAUUAUUAAAUUGCCCCCUUGCCCUUCUGUGAUAUUAUAAACAAAGCAACUGUGAAUAUUCUAGUCUUGGUAAAUGAGGCAUUACUGUCAAUCAACUGUCAGUCCUUAGAGACCAUACAGAACAAGAAGGUGUGAGGAAAGAUAUGAAAACAAGACAAAUGUUCCCAAGUUAAAGGUGAUCUGACCUGAGGUGACGGGAUAGCAUUAAGACUUGUAAACGAUGGAAACAAACGAUAAAAUUAGAAAGAAAUUAAGAAAAAGAGAAAAGAUGAAAGAUGGGAAUAAAGGAAGAAAGGAAGCAGAGACAUAACUAAGAAACAUUGGGGACAUAGAGAAGAGGAUGAUAACAGUGGAUGACCUAAAAUAAUGUGAGAUAAAUAUGGAACUUACAAGAGAUACAAUGAUGAUGAUGAUGAACAGGAAUAAAUCAUAAUAAUUCUGGAGCACAAAUGUAUAAGAAUAAUGGACUAAAGAACAAUGAGAAGAAAUAAAACUAAAUGAGAUACCGUACAGAAGAUAUGAAAACACAAUAAUACAAAUAAUAAAGAGGAGGUAAAGGGAGAUGUGGAUAAUAAAUGGCAAAAAACUGAUAAUUAUUUAGUAAGAGUCAAGAAAUAUAUAUGAAUAAGUGAGUGAUAAUGGACACAAUUGAUAUUAGUACUGUUAUCAGUGACUAUUUAUUAUUACACAGUAUCAUUAUUUCCAUUAUUAUUAUUAUUAGUAGUAGUAGUAGUAACUUUUGUAUUGAUUCACAUAAACUUACUUUAAAAAAUUAUUUGUUUCUCCUCCUUGUUUACAUAUACCUGUACAACAUCCACCUCCUGUUGUUGUGAGACUGGAGCAGACAGUAUAGAAACCCCUAAGAAAGUCUAUAUACCGUACAGUACACAUUAACCACCAUAUUGACCCACAAGGCUUCAUAUUAUAAACAAUGUACAGUACAUAAUGAGUCUUCAGGUAAAUGAUUCAUAACAAAUAUAUAUAACCUUUAAGUGUUAAACUGUUGAUGGUAUAAUACUUUGUGAACAAUGAUCUUACCUUCUGAGGACUAUAGCUUGACCCUUUUAUGAUGAUGGCCAGUACAGUACAGCAUAACAUGUUGUGGACUAACCUUUCCAUCCUUAAUAGGUUAAUAAUAAUAAUAAUGAUCAUAAUACAAGAAGCAGCCAACAUAACUACUGCACACUACCCUAGUCUUUUAUUUCAUGGAGAGUUGCCGCUCACUCUAGUUCAGUCUUCAACCAAGGCACUUUCCUCUCAACCUCUGUCGUUGUUAAUGCUAGAUGCACCACAGAGUGUGCUUUACUAUGAUUUUGAUGAUCUUUGCUUUAUUUAUGGUGUAAAGUAGCAUUGUGUAGUAAUACUAAUGGUAGUGAUGAGUGGUAACAGUAGUGUGUGGUAGACUGGUAGUAGUAAUAGUUAAGUGUUAAUAGAAUGUUGAGGUAGCAAUAUGGUGUGAAGGAGCUGGCCAUGAUGGUGUGUCAGCCCUCACAGUGUGUAGCCGACAACCCUCACUUCUACCUCAGUGUCAACUUUUAAGGCCAACUUCUGUUUGUUAUUUACUGACUACUACACAGUGUUCCUACUACUACAAAGUGUUCCUACUACUACACAGUGUUCCCCAAUGACUAUCAGUGACUCAUCCAAAGUGGUGCCCCUUUACCUGUAACCUGUAUUACUACUCAGGAAUGUGUUAACUGUGAUACAAACUUUCCUGAAUUACUGUAUAAGGCCGAGCUUUAAACUAUAAUUUGCCAAACCUCAUUCCUCUGUGUCUAUGCUGCCAUUAUUUCUGACAUUUCCAAGUGAACAUACUGAACUGUACUUCACUUUAGGUUUGACAGAGUAUCUCUAAACACUUCACUACAGGUUAUGUCUUACACACUAAGUUACAGUCACUGUGAAGGACAGAGUAACCCAUCACGGUACAGUCUCUUCACCCUGACACCCAAGGUUAAGUGAUACAAGGAUUAGAUCUUCACUCUGAAAUACUCCACUAAGGGAGAGGAAGGAAUGAAAUUUAU